AUGGCGCUAUGGAAUCGUGUGGCUUCGGUUAGUAACCGGGUGCUGUCACUUUCUGCAAGAAGCGUGGAAUAUGCUGGUCGUCAAUGCUACUCCGUCGUCUCUUCUGUUCCAAGUCUUCUACCUCAGCGAACGACUUUAGUUACACGAGAGUAUCGCGCUCCACCGCCUCCACUUCCAGAGCCAAAGUAUUUGGAGAUCAAGGGCUGCUGUAAGCUCGAAUACAUCGACGUUCGACCUGCUGUAGCAAAGAUUGCGACGAUCGUUCUGGUCCACGGUGCUCCUGGUACCUACCGAGACUUCCGCUACCUCAUCCCGCUUCUUGCUAAGCAUCCUGGUCUUCGUAUCAUUGGGAUCAAUCUUCCUGGUUGUGGGGGUUCUGUGGUCGAGAAAGCUCGUUAUGUCGAGACUGUCAACGCCCUUCGAACCUCUGAGCUAGUGCUGGACGGAGUUCGACAGCUUUGUGACUCCAAGGAUGAACACGGAGACGUCUUCUUGGUUGGUCAUUCCUUCGGAGCGCACACCGUCAUGAACAUGGCGGCGUUUAAUGCGACGGAGACGCAAAGUGUUGCCAUUCGUGGUAUGGCCUUGUUGGCCCCUGCAGGUUGUGAACCGCAUAAAAGUCUGAAGCUAGGGGCCAUUGCGCUGAUGGUGAAGAUGCUCAAGUCCGAGAACUCAUGGGCUGUUAGUGCGGCCACGUACAUCACCAAGUUUGUGUACACCAAACUAUUACGCUUCCCGAGUAACUCGCCAGCGGAAUUAUUCGUCUCGGCGGUGAUCCGAACGGGUACAACGGACUUCGACUUGAUUCGAGACCAAGCCAAGUUGCUGGGAAGCCUUCAAACUCCCACUCUCGUCGCGUGGGCAAAGAAUGAUGAACAUAUCCAGCCAGAGAUCCCACAAGAACUCUUAAAGUUGUGUCCGGAUGGGCCACACCUGGAAUUUUCCGGUGGUGGCCACAACGUUCAGAAGACUCGUGCGGAAGAAAUUUCAUCCGCGAUCACCAAGUGGAUCGAAGAAGUCGUAGCUACAGACAAGCUAGAGGAGCCAGUCUCAUCAGCAGCGUAA